AUGGAGACUGACAGCUACACCUCAGGCCCAGCCACCACUGACUGGGUUGGGACGGCGGCAGGCCUGGAGGGAAUGGGAGUCCUUCAGGAGCAGGGAGGAGGGGGCUCGUCCAGCAGCCCCGUGUCCUGGUACAUGCCGUACUCGCUGGGCUUCCAGGUGUCGCUCACCGCCUUCCUCAUGCUGGAGCUGGUGCUGGGUUUCAGCAGCAACCUGACAGUGCUGGUGCUUUACUGCUCUCAAUCUAAUUUAGUGGACUCUGUGAGCAAUAUGGUUACUGUCAACCUGCAUGUGCUGGAUGUGGCCGUGUGUGUGCUGUGUCUGCCCCUCACUCUGGUGGUCGUGCUGCUGCCUCCAGGACCAAACCUGGCCCUGCUCUGUUGCUUCCACGAGGCCUGUGUCACCUUUGCCAGCAUAGCCACAGCAAUCAACAUCCUGGUUAUCAGCUUGGACCGGUACGACAUCUCAGUACGGCCGGCCAACAGGCUGCUGACGACACGCAGAGCAUCGCUGCUUCUGGCUGCUGUUUGGGUCACCUCGGUGGCGGUGUUUUUUAUCCCAUUCUUGGAGGUGCAGUGGUCCGGUGGAGAAGGAACAGAGGGGAGCGGGCAGAUGACAUCCUUGUCGUUGUCCUCACAUGGCAUCAGUGCUACAGUGGUGCCCGCGUGGCGUAACCGGACACUGCUAUGUGUUGGCGGGCAGGGCUACCACACAGGCCUGGGUAUGUAUUACCAUCUUGUCCUGCAGGUGCCCAUCUUCUUCACCACUGUGGCAGUCAUGCUGUUUACCUACUCCAGAAUAUUGAGAGCUUUAAACAUCCGCAUUGGCUCCCACAUGAAGAAGGGCCAGCGGUUCAGGGGCCCCACAUGCAGGGGGCGCCACAAGAAACAGAAAAAAAAGAAUACGGGGGUCAGAGUGAAUGAUGGUGGGGAGGUAGGAGGGGAGCAGUGCACCACAGAUGGUACCAAACAGCUCAGCCACCCUCCCCUCAUCCCUUCCCCCUCCCCCACCCCGACAGCUACCUCCCCCCCAGCACUGUCCUCCUCCGCCCCACUCAUCGCCUCUGACGCGGGCGCCGCAACCCACAUGCCUGCCACCAUGGGCGUCCAGGCCUCCGUGUCGGCCAUCAUUGCCCUCAGGCGAGCAGUGCGGCGGCACAGAGAUCGACGAGAACGACAGAGGCGGGUGUUCAGGAUGUCCCUCAUCAUUAUCACCACCUUCCUGGGCUGUUGGGCUCCCCUCUCUGUGACCAAUGUGCUCAUCCUGGGCGUCGGCCCCAGCGACGCCCUGGUCAGCCUGCGCCUCUGGUUCUUGGCCCUGGCCUAUGGCACCACCGUCUCCCACCCCCUGCUCUACGCCUUCACCCGACAGAAGCUGCGACGUGCCCUCCGUGCCAAGGUUAAGAAGAGGGUGGUGUCCCUGCUCCAGGUGGACCCGUCACCAGGGGGCACCGUCAUACACAACUCCUGGGUGGAGAACAGGAAAACCAGCAGGCAGGUGCGGCUGGAAGCAAGCGAAGGCACUGACCGCUGCCUGGCAGAGGUCCUGUGA